UUAUGGGGAGUGGUGAAUAACGCUGGAAUAAACUUUGUUGGUCCAAUAGAAUUAACCAAUAUACAGCAAAUACACAGAGUUUGUGAUGUUCAUCUAUUUGGUACUGUUCGUGUUACAAAGGCGUUUUUACCCUUACUUCGUCAAUCUAAAGGUCGCAUUAUAAAUAUGUCAAGUUUAAGAGGGGUUACAUUGAGAGCGAAGUUAGCGGCGUAUGGAAUGUCUAAAGCUGGAAUAGAAACAUUUUCAGACUCAUUGAGACUAGAAAUGGCACGGUUUGGUAUUAAAGUCAGCAUAAUUCAGCCAGGAAAUUUUGGUCAGUGUACUGCCAUUGCCAAUAAAGAUGUGGUAAGAUUUUUCCUCUAUAAAUAA